AUGCGAAAGUUUGUAAACGGAGAAAGGAAUCCUGAAGAAGUAUACAAAGAUUUCCGAGCUGCUGUUCUUCAAAUACUUGGUGCAGUUGAAGAUCAAAGUAUGAACGGAGUUGGUGCUGGGGCCCGCGAUAUACCAGGUGAAAUAGUUGGCGUCGAACCUGCACCUGCAAGAAUUCAUGAAAAUGAUCCGUUACAAGCUCAGGAUUUGGAGAUUGAAGACGAUGUACCGACUAUGCAACCUGCUCCUGUAACUGUUCCAGUGUUGCCGCCCUCCGUCCCAGUGAUGCCAGCCGCUCCGAAAGUUGUGCCAGUAAAUGGAGUUGAUAGGAUUCUUAGCCCUAGGCCUGAACUGAUACGAGUACAAGGAGUGCCUACGACGCCACCAACGCUGUGGAUUGUAGGGGGCCCUGGCAGUAACAAAGCUGCGCUAUGCGAAAGAGCUGUGUCGCAGAAACAGGGAUGGACGCAUUUCAGCGUCGGUCAACGUCUCCGAGCAUUAGCAGAUGCAGGUGGAGGUCUAGCGUCAGAUAGUUCAAUAUGUCGCGCAGCUCUAAGUGCAGGAGAAUUAGUCCCUAAAGACUUAGUCACCAAACUAGUAAAUGCUGCAGUCAAUGACGUGGCUCGAAGUGGGCAUGGCAUUGUAUUGGAUGGAUAUCCAAGAAAUCUUGAGCAGAUGGAAUUAUAUGAAAAAGAAUUCAAAGUUACUCCUCGAAUGGUACUCCUGGACUGUUCAAAGCUACAACUCGGUCGUGGCAGAAGAGAUGACUCUGUAGCUGCUUUUAGAAGACGUCUCGAAGUAUUCCGAGAGCUGAGUUUACCGAUGUUAAAAAGUUUGGAUCAACAACAUCGACUAAUUAUUGUGGACGGUGACACGGACUCUUCAGACGUGCAAGCUGAAUUUACACGAGUAUUGCUUGAGGAAAUGGAGAAGGCUGAAGCAAUCGCGUCCAUGCCACAACCGGUACAAAACGGUACUAUUAAAGAUGGUACAGUACAACAUUUUGCACAUGCAGUGUCGAGAAUUGGCGCGGGCAUCGCCAACGGCGUGAUUCGGAACGGGACGGUUCAAAAUGGAACUUUACCCAACGGGACUAUCAGCAAUGGAUUUAUUGGCAUGCCCAAUAACAAAGUAAAGCCAAUGAUGAACAACGUGUCAAAGAUCCCAACGGUCUCACAAAUGACUCAUGAUCAAGUCAGACGUCUCUACGAACAGAGUUCUGGAGAAAUUACUAUGAAUACGCACAUG